UUGCAGGGGACGGCACAACCACCUGAGCUGUCCAAGGCUGGAGACUUUCUCUUAGGUGGCAUUUUUACCUUUCGUACUGGAUACAGAGGCACCGUGCCCACCUUUCAAACCUUACCCGAUCCUCCAACAUGUCGGAAAAUCAAUGUAAGAGAAUUCAAAUUUGCCCUGACCAUGAUCUUUGCAAUUGAGGAAAUAAAUCAAAAUCCUGCUAUUCUUCCCAACCUGGGCUACAAGAUAUACAAUUCAUGUGGAAUAACAAACAUUAUUAAGUCUGCAAUAGACUUAGCCAACGGGCAGAGGGAGAUCAUAGAUGAGAGGAACUGUACAAAGGCUGAAACGGCACAGGCCAUACUAGGUCACUCUGGCUCCGCACCCACGGUGGGAUUUGCUCGGAUUGUAGGAAGGUUCAAGAUACCAGUGCUCAGCCACUUUGCAACCUGUGCAUGUCUCAGCAACAGAGAGGAGUUUCCAUCUUUCUUCCGGACUAUUCCCAGUGACUUCCACCAGAGCAGAGCCCUGGCAAAGCUGGUCAAGCACUUCGGCUGGACCUGGGUGGGGGCAAUAAGUAACACAAAUGACUAUGGUAUCAAUGGAAUCACCACAUUUAUAAAAGCUGCCCAAGAAGAGGGGGUGUGCGUCGAGUACUAUCGGGCAUUUGAUCAAACAGAUUAUUUUCAUGAGUUAAAAAAAGUAGUUGAAACUGUGAAGUCCUCCACCUCUAAGGUUAUUGUGGCCUUCAUGUCACACAGAGAAGUUAAUUUGCUGGCAACUGAGUUGUACCGACAGAACAUUACAGGACUGCAGUGGGUUGGCAGUGACGCCUGGAUCACAGAUCACUCUCUGACGGACAGUGAGGGUCACAGCAUCCUUGUGGGCUCACUUGGCUUCGUUGUCAGCAAAGCUCAGAUCCCGGGGCUGGAGGAGCACCUGAGGCAGCUCCACCCCUCACAGUUUCCUCACAGUCAGUUUGUCAGAGAUUUCUGGGAAGACGUGUUCAACUGCGCUCUGAACGACACUGCAAACACACAAAGAAAACCAUGCAGCGGUUUUGAGAGCUUGCAGAAUGUGGAAUCCUAUUUUACAGAUGUUUCUGAGCUGAGAUUCACUAAUAAUGUAUACAAGUCAGUUUACGCAGUGGCUCAUGCUCUCCACAAGCUUGUCAUAUGUGAAGAGGGGAGGGGCCCCUUCUACAACGGGAGCUGUGCCGAUGCUAAACACAUUCAACCAUGGCAGGUGCUACAUUACUUACAGAAUAUCAACUUCACAACAAGUCAAGGGGAACAAGUGACUUUUGACCAUAAUGGAGAUUCACCUGCAAAAUAUGAACUCAUAAAUUUACAACACGUGACCUCAGAGACCGUACAUGUCGACACAGUUGGGGUUUUUGAUGCCUCUCUGCCCCAUGAGCGUCAAUUUCUAAUGAAUGGCAUGAAGAUAGUGUGGGGAGGAGGAAGUCACACGGUGCCCGUGUCAGUGUGCAGUGAGAGCUGCGCCCCAGGAAAACGCAAAGUCCUUCAGGAAGGAAAACCUGUUUGCUGUUAUGACUGUAUACCGUGUGCAGAAGGAGAAAUCAGCAACAUUACAGACUCUAUCGAAUGCUUCAAAUGUCCCGUUGAUUAUUGGUCGAAUAUCAGAGGAGACACAUGCAUCUUGAAGGAAAUUGAAUUUCUGUCUUAUGCAGAGAUCAUGGGGAUCAUUUUAACAUUAUUUUGUUUAAUAGGGGUGAUUUUGACAACCAUAAUUGCAUUAGUGUUUUUUCAAUUCCGGGACACUCCCAUUGUCAGAGCCAACAACUCUGAGCUGAGCUUCCUGCUGCUCUUCUCCUUGACUCUGUGCUUCUUGUGUUCUCUGACCUUCAUCGGCCGGCCCUCUGAGUGGUCCUGCAUGCUGCGACACACAUCAUUCGGCAUCACUUUUGUCCUCUGUAUCUCUUGUGUUCUGGGCAAAACUAUAGUGGUGUUGAUGGCCUUCAGGGCCACACUUCCAGGUAGUAGUGUGAUGAAAUGGUUCGGGCCUGCACAGCAGAGGCUCAGCGUCCUGGGUUUCACUCUCAUACAGGUUUUAAUCUGCAUACUUUGGCUGACAAUCAACCCUCCUUUCCCCUUCAAGAAUAUGAACCACUAUAAAGAGAAGAUUAUUCUUGAGUGUGCUCUGGGAUCAGCUGUAGGGUUCUGGGCAGUGUUAGGAUACAUAGGGCUCUUAGCUGUGUUAUGUUUCAUACUUGCUUUUUUGGCUAGAAAGCUGCCUGAUAAUUUCAAUGAAGCUAAAUGUAUGACAUUCAGCAUGUUGAUAUUCUGUGCAGUCUGGAUCACAUUCAUCCCAGCUUAUAUCAGCUCUCCUGGGAAGUUCACUGUAGCUGUGGAGAUAUUUGCUAUUCUGGCCUCAAGUUAUGGACUUCUUUUCUGCAUUUUUAUCCCCAAAUGUUAUGUAAUUUUACUAAGACCAGAACAAAAUACCAAAAAGCAUAUGAUUGUCAAAACAAAAGAUAUCCAAUGGUAA